AUGGUACAGAGAGGGACUCCAGAAUCAAAAGCAGAUUGGUGGUCGCUCUCGCGUUCGUCCGCGGAUUCGCUUGGAAGAGAGAGGGUCGGUGCGAGGACGGGGGUAAGGUCCGCCGAGAUUGGUCUAAAGCAGCCUGCGAAGACCCACAGUGCGGCACAACUCGACCGUAGGGGGACAGUCGGGAAGAGAGUCGCCGGGGCGAGGCAGAGUUCUGGGGAAGUGUCCAGCGCGUCGGCUAAACGAUCGGGCGGGAGGUUCCGGCCGCCAGAUGUGGACGAGCAAGAGCCGUUCCGGUCGGCAAAUUCUUCUCCCGGCGGACGACUCUCAUCCCACGAGUCAGCGGAACUUCAAACGGAGGAACCCUGCUCAAAACGCCGCCGCGGGGGUCCGGUUUGGCCCGGCGAUCCACCCCCCCAGAGCGAAACCCCGUUCCCCGCCGAUGCGCCGGAGUGCGGGCCGCUGACGAAGCCUUCAGGUUUUCGGCGACGCCGGGGCGGAUCCCCGCGCUUUCCUGUCGCCGCGGAUACGCCAUGGAACGGAAUGCCGGAACGGCGGAAUGGCGCCGAAGCCUGGCGUUUGCAGGAUAUAAGCGACGAGAAAAGCCCGGUAGAAACCACCGGGGUGCUUGGUGAUCGGAGGGCACCGUCAGGCCGUUUUGAUCGUAGCGAGCUUUGCUUGAGAAGGGAUGCCCCGGUUAGUGCAAGUUGGCCAGUCGAGCUGCAGUUCGGUACGGGAAGCGAGUACCCGGUUCUGGAGGAACGCUCCGGUACGAACGCCGCAGUUAGCGGGGCUGAGGCGCCUUGCAAACCGGGUUACCGCGAAAUCUACCCCCUGCCAAAGGACGGGGUUAACGAGUCACACCGUGGGUUUGAUGAACUGAACGCGGCGGUCAAUGGUCCUAAUGCUGGGGUUAACACUCCUAACCACGGGGCUGAUGACCCGGACGGUGGGCUUGACGACCUGACCUCGUCAAUAACCGCACUCUUGACCGACCACAUGCACGCGCUUGUCGACGCGCAGGAAGCGCAGCUCGCCGGAACGGCGGACUCCGGUCGAUGCCCGGUAGAGCUUUCCCCGGGGCAGGUCGCGAAGAUUCUGGAGCGGCAGGGGCAGAUGAGGGCCGCUUUGGAUUAUUUCAGAACCCUAACCGGUUCAGAACCAACCGUGUUAAGCCCGUCGACCGGGGAGAACUACUCUUCCACCGGACAGCCCUCUCUCAACGGAACCCAGUCCUAUGCCCCGGAGCCGGCUUGCCCCGAGAAGUGGGGAGCGGUUGGGGGGAUCAAAAGCGGGUUACGUGAGCGGGUUACUGGGCCGGAAACCCGGUUUGGUGGCGAGUCGCCGUCCCCUUAUACGGGGACGACGCGAUCGUCCGGUUUGGCGGUCACUCCGAACGGUUGGGUAGAACCGGUUCAGGGCCCUCUCUUCGUUCCGCUCGUCGGCCGGUUUCCGCCAGAUGCGCUGGCGGAACCGCCGAAGGACACGUGGCAGCUUACAGAGACUGGCGAAUGGGGCGAGUGGAACGCGCAGGGACACGUGGAAGGCCCUUGGGACCCCUUUGGGGCUCUCCUGUCAGUGAGCCGAUCGGAAUGAGAAGCUGUUGAAAACUUCGCGAAGUCGAAGGAGAUUUGAAAUCGGUGUACAUUUUACGGCAGGUUUUGAGAGUUCGGAGGGUGGCUUCUAGAUGCGAAGAGGUUUAUUGAGGUCUCGUGACUGGAGUUUAUUUACAUCUUAGAAGCCGGAAUAUAUGUUUGUAAGAGUGUAAACUUAAAGUAAGCGGAGUCCGGCGGUGCGACCGGAUUGCUUUGGGCUACGUCAAGCGACGAGAACCAUUUGAGACCUAUUUACUUCCAUUUAAGGCCUAUUCUCUAAAGCAGCGGAACUGGAGAGCUAGUUGGGCGGGGUGCAAGCUCUAUUCGCGAACGUAGCCAUAAUAUUUACAGUGUAGGGUCAAGACAAAUUGAGAUGAUUUAAGCGACGCAGCUGAUUGCUUCCCAAGAUUUGGUGUUUGCGGCUGGCAGCUUCCCAAGCAAAGACUUCCACAAAUUUGAAAGCAGAGGACGUUACGCGUGGCAGUUGAGCGAACUUGAGGACACGUGGCAACAAUCCAGAGGGUUCCGCAACUUCUUCGGCCCAGUC